AUGCGGUUCCAAGUUCACCUUGCAGUUGCCUUCUCCUUGUCCUCGAUCCCAGGUACCUUGGGUCACUAUUUUUUCCCGUACUUUAUCCACAACGGCAAUGUCACCGAGUACUACGAGUAUGUACGUGAAGACACGCAGGGCUACAUGCCCUGGAAAGGGAACUACAACAACGACGACUUCCGCUGCAACACGGGCUCUUUCCAGUACGCCAGUCAGACCGACGUCAACAAAGUGAAAGCAGGUGACCAGAUCGGGUUCGGCACAGACUUUGGCGCUUUGAUCGAACACCCCGGUCCUAUGCAGGUGUAUCUGUCAAAGGCUCCAGGAGAUGUUCAUGAUUAUGAUGGCUCCGGUGACUGGUUCAAGAUUUGGGAGCUCGGCCCGACAUCUUUUGGCAAUGAUGGCAUUCAAUGGGGUGUGACUGGUAGGUCGGACUUUACCUUCACCCUGCCAAAGGAGACUCCUGCCGGUCAAUAUCUCGUUCGGAUCGAACACAUCGCGCUUCAUGGGGCUGGGGAGUUUGGCGGUGCUGAAUUUUAUUUCAACUGCGCACAGAUCGAGGUUGAGAGUGAUAGCACGGAAACUCCGGGUCCAGUCGUCAAAAUUCCCGGUGUUUAUACUGGAUAUGAGCCUGGUAUUUUGUUUUACAUGUACCGCGACUAUUGGAGGAACUAUACCAUGCCUGGUCCCAACGUCUGGCCACUCAGUAUCGGUAGCUCCAUUUACGCUGAGGGCGUCACUGGCACGCCCACGGGCACUUGGUCGGCCCCAGCUGUGACUCCUAUGAUUGGGUCUGCAACGGCCACAUCUAGUAGCCAAGUCCAGUCUGGAUACUCUACCCCGUUGGCUGCGUCGCAGAGGGCCCAAUCUCCCUCUAGCAGUGUCUCCGCCAUGCCUGUGGUGACAUCUGAGGCUGCAGCCGAGACCACGCCUGCCCUGAGCUCCUCUACUCAGAUCAUCGAUGGCAGUUGUGGGACAGUCACGAUUACUACCACCACCACCGUUUCUGAAGAUUCUCUUACCACGACGGCGAGUGGUUGCAUUCCUGAUAGGAUCACGACUACAACCACAGUCACGGUCUUUCCAACUGGUAAUUAA